UCCCAAGCCAAAGGAGGAAUCCCAUAAAAGACGUGAACAUGACAUAGGAAACCAGCCCAACAUGCCCCAUGCCCAACCACAAUAUGCUCAACUAUGUCCUGACCACAAUAUGCUCAACUAUGUCCUCCCUCCUUAUGCAUAAUCAUAGGGCAAACAACAUAAACGCCCGCACGUCACGUCACGUUUUGACGAAUCCCUGAAGAUAUAAAUCAGGAUAUUUCAACAUAAAAGAGACGCGCACCACUUGACAAUGUUCCUCACCUUCUCAGUUAACAAGAGGGAGCCAGACGCAUCCGCUGCUCUGACAACAGCAUCCCCUGAAGACUGUAUACGUAUUCGCGAACCCAACCCACCAAGUUAUGCCGUCGCCGUAGACGUCUUCGUGUGCAAGGAGCCCGAAGUCGAUACGUCCAACAACACGGAGACGUGGGUCGUGGACAAGCAACCAGAGAGGCACCUUGCCCGUGGCCACAUCUUAACCCUGCGACUUGGAGACCAGGUGAUAGGAUCUGAUCGGAUCUCGGCAGUCGACGGCCUUACCCGCCACUGGGUCACGUUUCGCCUCGCCGGAGCACGUGAUGGAAUGCGAGUCCGCGUGCCGGUCCCAUGGGUCGGCCUGAGCGGCUACAUGUCCUACACCCACACGUCCCAAUACCACGCGCUAGCCCCAACCCCAGAGGCCCACAGUGUGUUCAAAAACUCCCCUCCCUUCGCAGACCCAGACGCCAACCCAUACGAAUUCGAAUUGACGACCGGGAAGGAGAUCAGACUCCUCGCUAAGCUCAAGACGAUCGCAUCGAUGCACGAGCAAACAGAGACGGUCACGGGGAACUGAGGCUGGGGAACACGUGAUUACCUGUACAAUUAGCCCGUUUUCGAGUCAUGUGCUAAAGAAUAGUGUCUGGAGCCAACGACCCAACCAGGAAGUCGUCAUAACAUCUAGAAC